AUGACGGAGCGAGAGAAACUGACUUUUCUUGAGGAGAAACUGGAGUGGCAAAAGAAGAGAAUUGAAGAACUGGAAGGAGAGAGAGAUUUUCUCCGAAGUCAGCUAUCAUCCCUUACAAAGCAACCUAAAGAUGAACCAUUCAAUGAUCCAUUUUCCUCAAAGGCUUAUGAAAACUCAGAUUCAUCUUCCGCAUCUUCAUCUGUAUCGUCUGUGUGGUCAUCCUCAUCUUUAUCCCCAAAGAAGCGAAAGCACAAAUACAAGAAAAAGCAUUCAAGAGCCAAGAAACCCAAGAAGGAGCAGAAGAAGCUCCGGCAGCGUGUUCAAACGCCAAAUGACAUUGUGCAGCGAUACAAAUCUCUCCUCAAGACAUUUCCAAAGACGAAGACCAUGACCAAAGCUUUUCAGAAGCAUGGGCUCGACAGGAACACUGUUGUGUCCACUUCAUCAGUUGGGGAGCUUGCUAUUGCGGUCCCCAAUGUUUACCAGGAGCUACUGUCCAAUAGGCCUAGUGGAGAGACGGUACUAGCUUUUGCUAAGCUAUGUGAGGCUGCAAUUCAAGGCAGUGAUGAAGUAAAAAACUAA